AUGUCUACAAGUGAAGUUAUUUACCUGCCGGUGGUCCCAGUUGUCCGGGACCAGCUCAUCGUAAACGCCGUCGCAGCCAGCCUAGCCAUCGCUAUCAUUUGUCUUCGAUUCUAUAGUCGGACCAUAACGUCAAAUUACGGAUGGGAUGAUGGCUGGGUAAUUGUGGCCUUGGCUUUUAGUAUGGCAUUGUUUGGGGAACAAGUUGCACUUCGCAAUAUGGGUGAAGGAUAUGACUUCGAUUCCAAUUCUCCAGUGUUUCUAGCCCUUGUCAACAACGUCCCUAUUAUUUUCAAGAUACUCUUCAGCUUUGGAAUUAUCUACCUUUUGGCUUUGGCUUCCGUAAAGAUGAGCGUUCUAUUUUUCUACCUCCGAACAUUCUCCACGGUUUCUAUGAAGCGUGUGAUUUGGGCUACUAUGGGCGUCGUUUUUAUUUGGUGCUUGGCUCACUCGCUCGCUUUCAUCUUCGUUUGCCACCCUAUGCAAGCCUGGUGGGAUACAACCGCCGGUACUUGCGGUGAUCUUAUUCUGAUUUACGCAUCUAUCGUUGUUACCAACAUCGUGACCGACUUGAUAAUCAUGGGUUUGCCAAUGUACACUAUUUGGCAUUUACAAAUGCGCAAGACCGAAAAGGUCGCUUUGACGAUUGCCUUUGGUCUCGGCUUUGCUUCAAUCAUAGUUGCUUGUAAAAGACUCGCUGCCGUUUUCACCUAUGACGUAACAGAGAAUCCGACCGGCACCGUAGGCGAGUCAGCCUUCCUCUGUGUGCUCGAAACAUUCCUCGCGCUCUUAUGUGUCAACAUCCCUAUGCUGCGGCCUUUAGUUAGGAGAUGGAUGCGAAGCCAGUCAUCGUCCAGACUAGAAGGAUCGGAGGGGCCAGGGAGUUACUUCAGCAAGAACAGCAAGGGCGGAACUUUGUCAUCUGGAAAUCACAUAUCAAAGAACAGGAAUCCUGCUACUGGUGGACGUGAAGAAUGGGAUAUGACUGUAUACGGAGGCACUGCUGUGGAUUCUGCAAGCGUUGAUGAUAGUGGAUCGGAGAAAAGGCUCACUGAACACGGUACUACAAACCCACCGCCUGGUCAGAUCGCCGUUCAUACAAAAUGGGCCGUCACUCGCAACUAG